AUGCUGCUGCUCCUUCUGCUCACAAAUGCUUUUGUCCUUCUGCCCUGGGCUGGGGCUGGAAGGAUCAUUGGUGGAAGGAAAGCUGAUGCCCACUCCAGACCCUACAUGGCUUAUUUAGAAAUUAAAAAUGGGAGAAACACUACUGCGUGUGGAGGGUUUCUGAUUCGCCCAGAUGCAGUGCUCUCAGCAGCUCACUGUAUGGAUAAAAAAGGGACAGUGAAGGUCACUGUGACUCUGGGAGCCCACAACAUAAGGAGGCAAGAACGGAGCCAGCAGAAAAUCCGUGCUGGAAAAUGGGUCAUCCAUCCUCAAUAUUCCCGUAAAGACGGGAAAAAUGACAUUGUGCUGCUGAAGCUGAAGAAAAAAGCCGAGAUCAAUGAGAAUGUGCAAUGUAUCUCCAUUGCCAAGGAAAAUGAACGUGUGAGAGUAGGAGAUUUAUGCACGGUGUCAGGCUGGGGCUGGACAUCUAAGGCAGGGGACAUGAGUGAUGUCUUGAUGGAGGUGGCACUGAAGGUGCAAUAUGCAGAAAUAUGUGAGCAGCUUUCCAACAACUUCCAGUGUCAGUCUAUGAUCUGUGUUGGUGAUGAAGAGGAAGAAAAAGCAACUUACAAGGGUGAUUCUGGUGGCCCAUUAGUCUGCAAUAAGAAGGCUCAUGGCAUUGUUUCUCAUGGAUAUGAAGACUGCCUCUUCCCUGAGAUAUUCACCAGGAUCUCGCACUUUGAGCCCUGGAUCCAAAAGCAGCUGAAGAGGUUUUCACGCAAGCCUUCUUGGGAGCUGGAUUCAAACCCUGAGUGUGAGAAUGAGGAGAUGACACUCUGGGAGAACCUGGGCAUAG